AUGGACCAGGUCACCCCGCGGAUCACCAGCCGCUACCUCGACUCCUUCGUGGGCCAGGUCGUCAUGAUCGUCGGCAAGGUCGCGCAGCUGCGCGGCGACACGGCCGUCGUCGACUCGGACGGCAACAUCACGGCCCAGCUCAACCGGGAAUCCCACCUCACCACCGGCAACGCCGUGCAGCUCAUCGGCAAGGUCAACCCGGACCUCUCGGUCAAGGUGAUGGACUCGCUCGACCUCGGGUCCGGAGCCGCCGUCGAUAUGGGCGUCUACCAGGCCCUCGUGGAGGCUUCGCACCGCGUGAGGGAGAUCCACUUCUAG